UUCUUACUUGCCUAAUUUUGUGCUCUUGUUUCAUUUUUAUCAUCUAUGCCAUCUCAUAUCUUCUAACAGGCUAUGGAAGAUGAGAUUCAUCAUAGCAAUUUGCCAAAUGGGCUCAUCACAGAAAAUUACCCUGUCUCAAAGAACAAUCACCACCACCAACACCACCACAAUAGCAACAAAGAACAAGAUCGCUUUCUCCCUAUUGCCAAUGUGGGCAGAAUCAUGAAGAAAGCAAUCCCUUCCAAUGGGAAAAUCUCAAAGGAUGCAAAAGAGACAGUGCAAGAAUGUGUGUCAGAGUUCAUAAGUUUUGUCACAGGGGAAGCCUCUGACAAAUGCCAAAGAGAAAAAAGAAAAACCAUCAAUGGUGAUGAUGUCAUAUGGGCCAUAACAACAUUAGGAUUUGAGAACUAUGUGGAUCCAUUGAAAUUCUAUCUUGUGAAAUAUAGAGACAUUGAAGGAGAGAAGCUUAAUCUUCCAAAGCAACAACAACAACAUCGUUCUUCACAACAUCAUCACACUCAAGAUCAUCAAAAUAACCAUCUACCUUUAAAUAGUGUUGUAUAUUCCUCAACAAGUCUCAUUUCUCAGCCUCCAUUUGUAGCCACGGAUCCGAUGUUUUCUCUACCAUUCUCAUCAAAUUCAAUGCAGAAACAAUUGCAGCAGCAACAGCAGCAAGACCAGAUUGAUUCAGUGGGGCAAUGGUAAGAUUGGGAUCGACCAGGGUGUUGGAUGGACCAGUUUUUCAUUUUCACUAGUUAAUGAAAAUUUUACAUAUACUUGUAUCAAUAUGUAUAAAAUUAAAGCAAAAGUUUGUUAUACACACAAUAUAUAUAUGUCAUGUUUGAGUUAAUUUUCAA